ACUUUAUUAUAUCCAUUCACAAAAUUUAUCGACUACAACAAUGAAAGCUGUACCUUUUCUUCUAGUCGCACUAUUAUCAACCAUAUUUUUCCUCGUAAACGCUCAAGACGUUGCGGAGCCGAUACUCGAUGUAUCCGGUAACGCUGUCCGUACAGGAGUGAAUUAUUACAUCCUUCCAGCGGGUCGGGGCAACGGUGGUGGACUUCAAGUUGCAUCCAUUAAGAACCGGACCAACCCGCUGGUCGUAAGCCAAAACGUCGAUGAUUCUGUAAUCGGCGUUAACGUUCAAUUUUCACCAGUAGAUCCCAAAGAAAAUACUAUUAGAUUAUCGACAGAUAUGAACGUAAAAUUUACGUCUAUGGAAAUAUCUGAUUCUUCCACAGUAUGGAGAAUUAAUACUGAAUUAAUUCCACAACGUUAUUUGGUUACGAUAGGCGGAGUAGAAGGAAAUCCUGGUCGUGAAACUUUAGGAAAUUGGUUCAAUAUUGACAAGUACGAGGAUGCUUACAAACUUGUGUAUUGUCCUGUUGUUUGUGAGACAUGUAGACCGUUUUGUGGAGAAAUUGGUAUACUUGAGGAAAGUGGAAAAAGAGUUCUAUUUGUUGGUAGAGAUCCACCUCUCAAAGUUACAUUUCAUAAGGCCUAGAAUUAUUAAUAUUUUAUGCUAUGGUACUAAGUAUAUAUAACAUGUAUCAAUGAAUAAAUUUAAUAAGGAAGAGUAAGUCUGUCUUGUAGUAGUGUUGAUAAUGUAAUGGAAUAAUAAAGAUUGUUAUGACUUGUAUUCGUGAAAUAAUUAUUGUUAUAGUGUGUUAUA